AUGCUGGUGGUUGUGCCGUGCCGAGCAUCACUUUCGAUUUCUGCUCGAUCCAAGUCGGCUCGGAUUGUGCUCGCGGAUGGAUUGGGUGCCCCGUUUUUGGAGGAAUACGAUGAAGGUAGUCAAUCGAUCGAUGAAUUGAUCAAAGUACCUCGUCCAUGUUACCAUUGCUUUGGAUCGAUACUUGUCACCAGCAUUGAGAUGAAAGCCAACGCGGUCAGCCUGGUUUGCCUCCUCGGGGCCGCGAAAACGACUACCGGCUGGAGUGGGGAG